AUGAAGCUCUCUUCACAACUCACCACACCGGCCGUGCUGUCUCUCCUGCUUUCAUCCAUCUCUGGGGCACUUGCAACCUCUUCUACUCGCCGGGCGACUACAUGCAAUGGACACUCUGAGCUCUGCGACAAGAGCUUUGGGAAUGUCACGUUCGUCGGAACACACAACUCGUACGCGGUCGGAACGAGCAGUCUGUUCGUCAACCAGGAUUGGAACAUCACCCAGCAGUUGAAUGAUGGCGUUCGCAUGUUGCAAUCGCAAGCCCACAACAAGAGCGGCACCAUCGAGCUUUGCCACACCAGCUGCAGUCUGCUCGACGGUGGCUCCCUAAAGGACUAUCUCACGCAGUUGAAGACGUGGAUGGAUAGCAACACUGAAGACGUCGUGUCUCUGCUUAUUGUCAACUCCGACAACAUCGCUCCUUCCGUGUAUGCUGACGUCUUCACGUCGGCUGGUCUGGAUACAAUGGCGUACACACCUUCCUCCUCUGCGCUUACGGCAAGCUCUUGGCCCACUCUGGGGUCACUGAUUGACAGUGGCAAGCGCCUCGUCGUCUUCCUUUCCACCUCGGCCGAUUUCACGUCAGUGCCGUACCUCAUCGACGAGUUCACGAAUGUCUGGGAGACCGCAUAUGAUGUCACGGAUACCACGUUCGACUGCAACGUGAACCGAACGAACGGGGACACGAGCACGCAGAUGUAUCUCAUCAACCACUUCCUGGACAAGCUCGUCGCUGGCGUUCCGGCCCCAGAUUCCUCGCGCGCCAACUCCACGAACGCCGCGAGCGGCACGGGCUCACUCGGCGUCCAAGUCGAGACGUGUGCCGUCCAGCACGGACGGAACCCCAACUUUAUGCUGGUUGACUUCUAUGAAUACGGGAACGGCUCCGUCUUCCAGGUUGCCGCGGACGCCAAUGGGGUGACGUACAACCCGACGACGGCUGUCGCGCAGCCCAAGUCGUCCACCUCGUCCACAUCCUCUUCAACGGUUGUCACUACCAACAGCGGCGCUAUGGAGCUACGUGUUCUGCCCACCCAGUUCUUGGGGGCGGCCACCGUGGUUGCGAGCGUGGUUGUGGGGGCGCUGGCUUUCUUCUAG